ACACUGUUCGAUGCAUUGAAUCAGCUGUUGGCUUUACUUCCCGGCCCGCCAACGAAAAAAGCUAAUGUUUUAAGAGGAUUUAUUAUCUAUAUUGCAUGAUUUAUAACAGAAUUGUUGCUAUUUUGAAUCAUGGGAGUUACGGGCCUGUGGAAGCUAAUCGAGCCCUGCGGCAAGCCUGUGCCCGUGGAGACGUUGGAGGGCAAAAUCCUGGCAGUUGGUAAGCUUUUGAUUUCGCCGGCCCACGAAAUAGUCUCUGAUGCCAGUUCUAUACCUACAGAUAUAUCCAUUUGGCUGCAUCAGGUGGUGAAGGGCUUCCAGGACAACAAGGGAUCGGCCCUGAGCAAUGCCCAUUUAUUGGGCUUGUUCCAUCGCCUUUGCAAACUGCUGUAUUAUCGGGUGCGUCCUGUUUUCAUUUUCGACGGAUGCGUACCUCAGCUAAAAAGGGAUACCAUAGCCCGUCGCCAGCAGCAGAGAAAUAAGCUGAGCAACGAGGCCGAUCGCAUUCAGGCCUUGCUCCUGCAAUCACUGGCCAAAGAGAAGGUUGUCCAGCAGGCGCUGGGAAAGAAUGCAGAGCUCCUGCUGAAGUCACCAAUCAAGCGGCCGCCGCCAAGCAAGGCAAAGAACGACGAGGAUGAUUUGUUCAAGCUGCCAGAACUGCCGGCAGCUUUGGAGGCACCGGAAAGCGAUCAGGACUUGGCCGACACGAGUGCCAGCGCCACCUCGGAUAGUUCCUUCGACGAGUCCAACGCUCGGCAUGCCUACAACUCGAGUCUACAGGCCAUCGAUGUGAAGAGUUCGUACUUUCGAAACCUGCCCGCGGAUGUGCGCCACGAGAUUCUGACGGACAUCAAGGAAACGCGCAAGCAGUCCUCCUGGGGUCGACUGCACGAGUUGCCUGCCCGCAGUGAUGACUUCGCCUCCUUUCAAAUGAAGCGGCUGCUGAAACGUCGUGCCGUCCAGGAGAGUUUGGAGCAGGCCGAACAGGAGAUGGGCGGCGUCACGCUCACCUAUUCGGAGUUGUCUGAUUUCUUCAGCGAGGAGGGUAUUGUCACGCCGACGGCCAUUGAGCAGAGCACGCGACAGAUCAGCUCAGAUGAGCACACAAGAUUCCUGCUGGUCCGGGAUCUCAAGAAGAAGGCCUUGGCGAGCACCAAGCAGGAGGAGGUGAAAUUGGAGAAGAUUGAGGAGGUGCCGCCCAGCAGCGAUCAGGACGAGAAGCCAAGCACAUCCACCAAAGCAGAGUUCCGGGACAGGGACGAUCUAGGCACGGAGUACGAUGCGGACUUGGCCAAGGCCUUGGCUUUGUCCAUGGAGGAGACCAAGGUGUACGAUGAAAAGGACUACGAAUACGAUGCGGAUCAGGAGCUUCGCCUUAAUCGGGCACAAAGUAGGCAGCUGAAGAAUGCCGCCAAGGGCCCAGCCCGUGCAUACAUGAUCGAGUAUGGCGGGAUGAACGAGGAAGAGGUGGAAAAUAUAAUGGAGGCCACCCAACUGAAUGACACCCAGAGCCUUGAGAAGUUGCUGGAGAUCACAACCGACCACGUUGGCACGGCCAAUGAUACGAUUGAAGAGGUCAAACUUAUCUCAAAAGCUAUGGAAGAGAGUAGACAGAUUUCCCAAGCUAUUGAGGAGAGCAGACAGAUUUCCGGACCUAUUGAGGAGAGCAAAGGCAGCCAAGUUGAGGAUACCGACUCCUCUGACUUGGAAGAAGUUUUGGAAGCGGUGAAGCCCCUAGAGAUUUGUGUGGAUAUCACAAAGGACCCAAUGCCCGCAAACGAUCUCUUUGCGGAUAUAUUUGAGCGAACCGAUAAGGAAUUGGAGAAAUCCGAAACAGAUGAUGAUGAUGACUUCAUAGAGGUGAAAGAUAGCGAGGAAUUGGAGUUCGAUUCAGUGGAUAACGUCAUAGAAGUCAAGGAAAGUGAGGAAAUGGAAUUGGAUUCUGAAGAAAAACCAACAACUGAAAUAGAGAAACCAUCCGAGGAAGUCAUUGAAGUUAAAGACAGUCAAGAAAGUAUCCUAGAAAAUCAGGAUGAACCAAUGCCAGUUAAGCCAAAACCCGACUUGGACUCCAUACUAAACGACCUUCAAAGGGAAAAAGCUGCAGUAAAGAAUAUCCAACUGAAUUCAACAGAAGAAUCAGCAGAAUCAAAACCAAAAGUUCCACUUAGUUCCAUUUUGGAGGAUCUGCAAAAGGAAAUUAACGAAGUUAAGAACAUAAAACUAGAGCAAGUUAAACUAAACGAUGCCCCCAUUGAAUUGUCCUCCGACGAGGAAAGGGCGCCAAAGACCACAGGUGGAGAUGUGAUCGAGUUGUGCGACAGCGAUGACAAUAAAAACAUUCGCAUUUCGCCGAAUAAAACGCCCAGCAAGAACAAGUCCAUUACAGACUUCUUUGAUGUCAGUUAUGUGGUCAAGCGAACCCCUGGAAAGUCCCCAGGAACAGAUACCGUCACACCUCCCGGAACCCCCAAGGUCCCACAGCCGUUCUACAGAAAGCGAACGCCCAAAUCUGGACGUAAAAGGGUAGCCAAUGGCGACGAGGAAGAUAGCGAUGAGGGAGUUUCACCCACAAAAAGGCCUAGCAGGGCAUCUAAAUCCCUCUUCGAGGCUAAGACGCCAGAGAAAGAAAAGGAAAAGUCCCCAGAGAAGGCCGUUGAUACUGAGGUGAGUCCACAGGACCUCAUCAAAGAGGCUGCCGAUGCCUUGAAGUCCCAAAAAACCGCCGCUGAGCUGCAGGAGAUGGCAACGAAUUUGGCUCAGGAACGCAAGGACCUGGAGAUCGAGCGCAAUCGACAGGAUCGCAUGGGAAUGUCAAUCAGUCAGCGCAUGAGUAUUGAUUGCCAGGAGCUUUUGCGUCUCUUCGGCAUUCCCUAUAUCGUGGCCCCCAUGGAGGCUGAGGCUCAGUGCGCCUUCCUCAAUGCCACCGAUCUGACCCAUGGAACCAUAACGGACGACAGUGAUAUUUGGCUGUUUGGCGGCCGAACCGUCUACAAGAACUUCUUUGCCCAAAACAAACAUGUGCUGGAAUUCCGGGCGGAGCAAAUCGAGCAGACAUUCAACUGCAACAGGGGCAAGCUGAUCCAGCUGGCCUGCUUGGUGGGCAGCGACUACACCACCGGUAUUCACGGCAUCGGGGCUGUAACGGCCCUGGAGAUUCUGGCCUCCUUCUCCGGACAGGAUGCUGCUCAGACUGCCCAGGGGGUGUCAAACCAGUCGGUCCUGCAGACUUUGACUAAAUUCCGGGACUGGUGGCAGGCACACAAGAGCAGUAAUCUGCCUCCCGGCAGCUCGGCACGCCUAUCCCUCCGUAAGAAGCUAAAAAAUAUCGAACUACACGAGGGAUUCCCCAAUGGAGCAGUGGUGGAGGCCUAUCUUGCGCCCACAAUCGAUGACAAUCGGGAUGCCUUCAGCUGGGGUUCUCCGGAUGUGGAAUCAAUAAGGGAGUUCACGCGCAAGUCUUUCGGCUGGACAACCUCGAAAACCGAUGACAUUCUUAUGCCAGUUAUGAAGAAGAUUAACGAGAAGAAAAUCCAGGGUUCCAUCCGAAACUACUUUGCGGCCAAGAGCGCCUUGCGAGUACAGCAGCCGCAGGUGAGCAAGCGCGUCCAAUCCGCCAUUGACAAGAUGUCGGGCAAGAUCGAUGUGGAGACGCCGGAAAAGCCGAAGAAGGUGACACGCACCAGAAAACCCAAAACAGCCCAGGUGACCGAUGAUUCAGCACCUGUCGUAGAAACUUCUCGCCCCAAACGUGGCAAACGAAAGGCUGCCACUGAAGCAACUGAAGCGGAAUCGCCGGACCCCAACCAGCCUUCCACAUCCCAGUCGGUUCCAAAGCCAGAAAAGUGUCCUCGAAUACCGAACACCCAGGAAGUAAUACCUCAGCGGGAGCGAGAUCUCGAGGAGAUGCGCUUAAAAAAAGCAAAGGCUGCGGAGGUUCUAAAGAAUUCAGCAAAACCGAAGAGAAAAUAA